AUGGCUGCGAGAUUUGCGGACGCCAGUUCUGUUGACAAUUUUAUUUCAGAACAAGAAAAUAAAGAUACCUCACAAAAAACAGAACGACAUGUAAAACUAUUACACUUGUUUUUGCAAACCAAGAAUGAAGAAAGAAAAAUGGAAGAUAUUCCGACAGCAGAACUGAACGAGUACGUGUCUGAGUUUAUCAUUUCGAUCAGAACCAAAGAUGGGAAAGAAUGCGAGCCAUCUUCGCUCCGAAGUUUAUUAGGAAGCUUCGAGCGACGUCUUAAGAAAAAAAUUACCCUGCAAGCAUUAUCAACGAUUUAGCAUUUGAGAAGACAAGAAAAUCUCUUCAAUCCAAGCAAGAAGAAUUAAAGAAACCAGGAAAAGGAAAUAAACCAAACGCUUCGGUGCCUUUAUAUAACUAGUUCGGAACUAAAUACGCUGUAUGCAAAAAACCUUCUCGGUACGGUAAAUCCCGAGUCGCUUUUAAACACGCUUUGGUUGAAUAACACAAUGCAUUUUGGACUCAGAAGCUGCAAAGAGCAUAGAGAUAUGUGCUGGGGUGAUGUAAAAUUGAAGCAAACAGUAGACGGCGAGGAAUUUUUAGGGUUCAAUGAGAGACAAAUCAAAACAAGAACUGGAUCAGACUGCCGUGAUGUCAGAAAAAUGACGCCUAAAAUGUUUGCUACUGAUGGUCCAGAAAGAGAUCCCGUGAUCGUCUACACACUGUAUAGUCCAGAAAAGAUCUCAGAAAAUGAAAGAUAA